UUUCAUCAUUCCAGUGUGGGCUGCUUAACCUUACAGAUCUAGAACAUAUAUUCUGAUUUUCUUACAAGCAUCGGAAUCGCGCUGGCGUUGUUUCGUUUAUUGUGUAACCAAGCCAAGAUGACCUUGCCACGUGUUUAUUUCGACCUGAACGCCGGCGGAGAAAAACUUGGACGCGUCGUUAUGGACCUACGGUCGGAUGUAGUUCCAAAGACGGCGGAAAACUUUCGCGCUCUAUGCACUGGGGAGAAGGGAUACGGAUAUAAGGGCUCUCCAUUUCAUCGAGUCAUACCAGAUUUCAUGUGCCAAGGUGGCGAUUUUACCAAACAGAAUGGCACUGGGGGACACUCCAUCUAUGGCGAAAAGUUCAUGGAUGAGAACUUUGAGCUGAAGCACACUGGACCGGGUAUCCUUUCGAUGGCAAAUGCUGGACCCAAUACAAAUGGAUCGCAGUUCUUUAUUUGCACAAUGAAUACCAGUUGGCUGGACAACAAACACGUUGUCUUUGGCCGAGUUGUGGAUGGAAUGGAUAUCAUUCGCAAGGUGGAAUCAAUGGGCUCUUAUUCCGGCAAGACAACCAAGGAUAUUAUUAUUGAGGACUGUGGAGAUAUGUGAAGGGUUUUUCUUAAAUUGUUAUUUAAACGCAGCUUAAUAUAUAUAUAUAUUUGCACUUUAA